CCACUCUCUCCGCCCCUUCCUGUGCCCUCUCCUGCAUCCCCUAGGGGGCAGAGCAGCACCUCAGGACCUGUCCGCUCCUCCCCCUGUGCUCCUCUCCCUCCCUGGGCAGAGCAGGCUCCUCCCUUUCUGUCUUUGGGAAACCUGGAGGCAGGGUGUGUCUGAGGGUCUCCUGAGAGAGGUUUGUCCAAGACAAAGACUUAGCUGGCAGAAGACUCCAAAGAUGCCUAAGAAAAAGGAGGAUGUGGCUGUGAGGAAAUCGGCACGCCUUAUGAUGAAGCAGAAGAAGCAGGCCAAGGAGCAGGUGGUCAAAGAGGAGCCUGAGAUGAGAGUUGAGGCCACGCAGGAAGCAAAUGUUCAGAAGAAGAAGUCGACCAGUGGGGAGGUAAAAGCCAUGUGCAGCCCUGCAGGGAGCGGUGGUAGCAAGAUUGUUUCCCCUGUCCAGACCGGCCCCAGUGGUCAGAUUGCCUCCCAAGUCCAGGCCAGCUCUAGUGGUCAGAUCGCCUCCGAUGUCCAGACUGGCCCCAGCACCCAGAUCGCCUCCAGUGUCCAGACUGGUUCCAGUGUCCGGAUUGCCUCCCGUGGCCGGCCCAGACUCCGCGUCCUGACCGGCUCCCGCCUCUCUCUAGCCUACCGACGCCAGACCAGCCCCACUGACCAGAUUGUUCUUCACAGCCAGACCAGUCCCUCAGAAGAGAGCAGCCCCCGUGGCCGUGGCCGUGGCCGUGGCCGUGGCCGCGGCCGCGGCCGCAGCGUCACCGUUUCCCCUGGCCGAAGCCUCACUGGUUCCUGUAGCCGAGGCUGCCCCCGUGGUCGAGGCCGGCCCCGUGGCCAAGGCCGCCCCCGUAGCCGAGGUCGCCCACGUGGCCGAGGCCGCCCCCGUGGUCUAGCCACCUCCCACAGCCAAGCCAGCCCCUAUGGCCAAGCCGGCCCCCACGGCCAAGUAGGCCCCCACGACGAAGCCGGCCCCUACACCCAAAUCAGCCCCCAUGGCCAAGGCAGCCCCCACGGCCAAGCCGGGCCAUACGACCAAGCUGGUCCCUAUGACCAAGCCGGGCCCUAUGCCCAAGCCAUGCCCUAUGACCAAGCUGGUCCCCACUCAGCUCAACCACCUGUGAAGCUCCCACGAGGCAAGAAAGGGAUGAAGAAGUAUGACCAGAGAGGCAGGCUGAAUCUGAAUGGAGAAGACCUCUGUGACUGCCUGGAGAGAGAGUGCGUGGGCUGCUUCUAUCCAUGCCCCAAGUGCAAGUCCACCAAGUGUGGGCCCACCUGCCGCCGCAACCGGAAGUGGAUUUAUGAGGCCAUUACCAACGAGGGCGGAGAUGUGGUCAGCACCUUCCCAUUUCCCCAUGCUAAGUAUUAAAGGAGUCUGGAUUCUCCUGGGACUCUUCUCAGAGUCUCCCUUCUGCAGUUUAUGAAGUGG